CGGACAUUCGGGAGCGGUCAGCUGCACAGCUCCGGCGUCCGCCGCCGCGCUCCGCCCCAGCUCUCCUGAGGCGGCCGUACAAUCCUCGGCAGUGUCCUGAGACUGUAUGGUCCUCUCAGCAGCCGCUCGGCUCCGGACUCCUUCCAACCCGCGUCCUGGGAGCCGCUUCGGGGGUUGAAAACUCAAGGAAAGUGACUUUUGUUCCGGGGGAGGAAAACAACCACCACAAAGGAAGAAGAAAGGAAGAAACUCGGAGCCCCGCUCGCCGCCCGGGUCGCGGCGGACAGCCUCCCGCCCGUCCCGUCCCGGCCCCGCCUCCGCGUGCAGGUUCCUCCCCGCCACCUCUCCCGCCCCCGCCCCCGCGCCGGGCCGCAGCCGCCCGCCCCGCACACUUCCACCUGACGGUGCGGGGCAUUUGGAUCUGUGCGCGUUUAAGGACUUUUCAUCCCCGGCGCGGGCCUCCGGGAGCGAAGGCAGCUUGCGCGCGGCCGGCCGCGGAGCCCAGGUGCUUGGCUGGGCGUCUCCGAGAGCCUCCGCCACAAUGACAGCUGACAACGAGAAGAAAAGGAGCAACUCAGAGAGGAGGAAGGAAAAGUCUCGAGAUGCUGCCAGGUGCCGGCGUAGCAAGGAGACAGAGGUCUUCUGUGAGUUGGCUCAUGAGCUACCCCUGCCUCACAGCGUGAGUUCCCACCUGGACAAGGCCUCCAUCAUGCGCCUGGCUAUCAGCUUCCUGAGAACACACAAGCUCCUCUCCUCAGUUUGCUCUGAAAAUGAAUCUGAAGCUGAGGCUGACCAGCAGAUGGAUAAUUUGUACCUGAAAGCCUUGGAGGGUUUCAUUGCCGUGGUGACCCAAGAUGGUGAUAUGAUCUUCCUGUCAGAAAACAUCAGCAAGUUCAUGGGACUCACCCAGGUAGAGCUAACAGGACACAGCAUCUUUGAUUUCACUCAUCCCUGUGACCAUGAGGAGAUCCGUGAGAACCUGACUCUCAAAAAUGGCUCUGGUUUUGGAAAGAAAAACAAAGAUAUGUCCACUGACCGGGACUUCUUCAUGAGGAUGAAGUGCACAGUAACCAACAGAGGCCGAACUGUCAAUCUCAAGUCAGCCACAUGGAAGGUCUUACACUGCACUGGCCAGGUGAAAGUCUACAACAACUGUCCUCCUCACAGUAGCCUCUGUGGCUACAAGGAGCCUCUGCUCUCCUGCCUCAUCAUCAUGUGUGAGCCUAUCCAGCACCCAUCCCACAUGGACAUUCCAUUGGACAGCAAGACCUUCCUGAGCCGCCACAGCAUGGACAUGAAAUUCACCUAUUGUGAUGACAGAAUCACAGAACUGAUUGGUUACCACCCUGAGGAGCUACUUGGCCGCUCAGCCUAUGAGUUCUACCAUGCACUGGACUCAGAGAACAUGACCAAAAGCCACCAGAACUUGUGCACCAAGGGACAGGUGGUGAGUGGCCAGUACCGGAUGCUCGCAAAGCAUGGAGGCUACGUGUGGCUGGAAACCCAGGGGACUGUCAUCUACAACCCUAGAAACCUGCAGCCCCAGUGCAUCAUGUGUGUCAAUUACGUCCUGAGUGAGAUUGAGAAGAACGAUGUGGUGUUCUCCAUGGAUCAGACUGAGUCCUUGUUCAAGCCCCACCUGAUGGCCAUGAACAACAUCUUUGACAAUAGUGGUGAUGUGGCUGUGUCUGAGAAGAGUAACUUCCUGUUCACCAAGCUGAAGGAGGAGCCUGAGGAGCUGGCCCAGCUGGCCCCUACCCCUGGGGAUGCCAUCAUCUCUCUGGAUUUUGGAAACCAGAGCUUUGAAGAGUCCUCAGCCUAUGGCAAGGCUGUCCUGCCCCCAGGCCAGCCGUGGACUGCAGAGUUGAGGAACCACAGUGUCCAGAGUGAGGCUGGAAGCCUGCCCUCCUUCACUGUGCCCCAGGUGACUGCCCCGGGGAGCAGCACCCCCAGUGCCACAAGCAGCAACAGCAGCUGCUCCACGCCCAGCAGCCCUGAAGACUAUUACACAUCCCUGCAGGAUGACCUGAAGAUUGAGGUGAUCGAAAAGCUCUUUGCCUUGGACACUGAAGCAAAGGACCAGUGUAACACACAGACCGACUUCAACGAGCUGGACUUGGAGACUCUGGCACCCUACAUCCCCAUGGAUGGAGAAGACUUCCAGCUAAGCCCCAUCUGCCCAGAGGAGCCGCACUUGCCUGAGAGCCCGCAGCCCACCCCCCAGCACUGCUUCAGUGCCAUGACCAGCAUCUUCCAGCCGCUGGCCCCCAGUGCCUCUCACAGCCCCUUCCUCCUAGACAAGUACCGGCAGCAGCUGGAGAGCAAGAAGACAGAGCCUGAGCACUGGCCCAUGUCUUCCAUCUUCUUCGAUGCUGGGAGCAAGGGGUCCCUGCCACCGUGUUGUGGCCAGGCCAAAACCCCUCUUUCUUCCAUGGGAGGCAGAUCCAACACACAGUGGCCCCCGGAUCCACCAUUAAAUUUCGGGCCCACAAAGUGGCCUGUUGAGGAUCAGCAUGCCGAGCCCUUGGGGACACCACCAUUGGGGCCAUCGCAGUUGGGGCCCCCCAUUGCCUUGCCCAAUGUCUCCAUGCUCAAAAUGAGAUCUGCAAAAGACUUUGGGUCCCGGGGCCCAGAUGUGAUGAGUCCAGCCAUGAUAGCCCUAUCCAACAAACUGAAGCUGAAACGGCAGCUGGAGUAUGAGGAGCAGGCCUUCCAGGACAUGAGUGGGGGGGAUCCUCCAGGCAGUAACAGCAGUGCACAUCUGAUGUGGAAACGCAUGAAGAGCUUCCGAGGAGGGACCUGCCCUUUGAUGCCUGACAAGCUUCUGAGUGAAAAUGUGCCCCCUGAUGAAUUCAUCCAAAACCCCAUGCGAGGUCUGGGCCAGCCUCUACGGCAUCUGCCACCACCACAGCCACCAUCAGCCCUGAACUCUGGGGAGAACGCCAAAAAUGGCUUCCCUCCACAGUGCUACGCCUCCCAGUACCAAGACUACAACCCGCCACCAUCAGCUCACAAGGUGUCAGGUAUAGCAAGCCGACUGCUGGGUCCUUCGUUUGAGCCCUACCUACUGCCUGAACUGACCAGAUAUGACUGUGAGGUGAAUGUCCCCGUGCCCGGCAGCUCCACACUCCUGCAAGGAGGGGAUCUCCUCAGAGCCCUGGACCAGGCCACCUGAGCCAGGGCCUUCACCCAGCACGCCCUGCCAAUGCCGUCCUGCCAGCUUCACUCUACAUCUAUUUUUGCAACUAGGUAUUUCUAACACCAGCACACUUCUUACAAGAUGUACUUACCUGGCUGAUUUGCCCAGGUCACCCAGCAGUGGCCUUUUUUUUCUGAGAUGCUCAUUUUAUUACCCUUACUUUUAAAAAUACAUCAUUGUUUUACUGCUCCAUUUUGCUGUCAAUGAAGAUGUUCUUCAAUUUGACAAUAAUUUUUCCCUCCGCACCUUCAAUAAUUUCUAAUUUAUGUUGCCCAGAGAUCUCUAACACACCUAGCCUCCAUAUUAACAAGUGUGGCGGUGGAUGUUGGCUCUCCUGUAGAGAAAGCUUUGGCUUCAUUGUACUAAAGUUUUUGGAAUUGUUGUUGCCAAAGAGAAACAAAAAGGAUUUUGCUGUCCCAGCUUGAUUGGUGGCGUCUCCCUUUCAGAGCCUUUCUCUUUUUUAAAAGAAAAAAAAACUAAUCAGCAUAUUGUGAACCUCAGUGUCUUUAUUUAGGCCAACUCUUUGCUCUAAUUUUGAUAGGACUUUUGGGGAGAAAAGCAUUGUGAAGGGUGAAGUCUUGGGUAUGCAGUUACCUGUGAAAAGUUGCACGGUGUGGCUUUCUCUGAACUAUUUGGUGGUUUCCCCUAUACCACCCAAUGGCUGGUGGAUUUAUUAUUAUUAUUAUUAUUCAAAAGCAUACUGAUUUUUUAAGGAAAAUUUAUAUCUGGGUUAAGUGUUUAUCAUAUAUAUGGGUACUUUGUAAUAUUCUAAAAACUUAGAAAUGGGAAUGGAAUCCUGCUCACACAAUCACUUUAAGUAAUCUUUUUUUAAGCUGUUAAUUUUAUUUUUUUUCUUGGUGUUGCUGAUACUGCAGAUUUGUACAAUACUCCCACAAUCCUGUACUAACAUGAUGAAAGAUCUGUCUCUUUCUCUCUCUGUUGGCUUUCUACUUUUGUGAUAUGCCAUAGGUGUGACAAACAAUCCAAAACGUGGAAUCAUUAAGUGGGAGCUUUGUGAGCUAUCUUCUCCUCGCGUUCUCUGUGUAUUAUGUGUGUAUGUAUGUAUUAUUAUUAUUACUGCCAAGAGGGUGUGAUGGCACGUUGGGGCUGGGGUGGGACAAAUGCUAAGGGAGAGGACGUGCUUUAACUUUUCUUCAGAUUGUCUUGCUAGCCCUUCAAGUGCACUGAGCUAUGUGACUCUCGUGGUCUCACAUAUGGCACAUUCAGAUAUUUCCAGAACUACCAUGAAAUGGUUUUGAUGGGAAUUCGUGGAAGCAAGAGAGGCUUCAGAAAUGAUACAAUGGACCCAUUCUUGUCCUCCUAGCUCACAAUCCUGGAGCUAGACUGAGAGAGGGUGCCAAAUCCAGGGCACCCAGCCCUGGGUGCCCCCUCAAACUGCAGGCAGAGUACCCUCAGAAAGAGGACUCUGAAGGCUGAGGUUCAGCACCCCCUGCUGGCCAGCAGCAGGCAGACCUCCAAGGAGGAUUGGGCUCCUAGCCUCAGGACCUGGCUGAGGUCUCUGUCAUGUGAAGUGACAGGAAUAGGUAAGAAGCACUGAAAAUAGUGUUCCCAGAGCACUUUGUAACUCACUGGAGAAGAGGGAUGACACCUUUUAGUUUUUAGAUACCAAUCAACAUGAAGAUUUUCUGUUAUGAGUAUAGUAUGAAGUUUCUAAACACACACACAGACACACACAAAGCACUCAAGGCCUAGAAUUCGGUAAGCCCAGAGGGCCUUACUGCCCAAACCAAAAACAAACUUUAAAAACAAUCAGAGUUAUAGGAGUAAAAUUACCUAGGAACUGUGUUGCCUGAGUCAUCCUUGGGCAGCACAGUUCGGCUGGCACACAGCAGCAGAACUUGAAGGGUUACUGACAUGUAAAUGCUGGUAUUUGAUUUCCUGUGUAUGUUGCCUCAGCAUUAAGGGCAUUUUACCCUUGCAGUUUUACUUUAAAAAACAACACUCUAAAAGUUUUCCAAGCUUCAUAUUAACCUUACCUGUCAAUGUAACAAUUUCAUGAACAUUAUUAUAUUGUUGAAUUCCUACUGACAUUAUAACUGAAUGGAAGCUUAACUUUAUAAGGAAAUGUAUUUUGACACUGAUAUCUUAUUAAAGUAUUCUGAUCUUA